UGACAAAUCGGCGUGGCCGCGGGGACAGAGAGAUUCACACUCCAAAUAUAACGAUGGCGUCAGAGUUUGCACCGAUACCGCGACCUUCUAUAAAUCAGAUUCAUCGCACACUGAGAAAAGCAUCUCGGGGAUCUACCGCUACGGCCCUAACAGCAUCCCCCGAUAUAACAUCAUCUCGCCCAGAUGAUGAUGCUGGCCGUGCACAGUGCUGUGCUGCUGGGAAUCUCGUUGGGGGCCGUGCAAGCAUCGGAUGGAUUUUGCAAUCCCUUCACGCAAUAUCCAAUGGAUGGGCACUGUUGUGAUAAGUGUCCUCCCGGAUCCUUUAGAUCCGCCUGGUGCACAGUGGACACGCCGACUCGCUGCCAGCCCUGCCCUGAGGGAUCCUACACCUCUGAGUACAACACCAACCCCAUGUGCUCGUACUGCACACGCUGCGUUCAAGCAUGUAACCAGGUGAAAAUCGAGGACUGCAUUCCUACUCGCAAUGCGAGGUACGUGUAGGAUAAUAAAUUAUUGGGUGUGAAUAUUUUCGUGUGUGUGUGUGAAAAAGUGCGUUUUUUUGUGUGCAGCUAUCGUGUGUCGUACCAGCCUUCGUAGGUGCUCGCUAACCAUAUGUUGAAAGCAAGGCCGUAAUUGUAAUAUAUAUUGGGGGGGGUGGGGGAGUGGACACAUCCCCCCCCUCAUUAUUCAAAUAUGCUCAAAAUGUCACCCCAAUAUAUUACUCUAAAAUAGAUAUCUGUUUAUAUGAUUGUGGUUAUGGUUGUACUUUAUUAAUCCCUAAUCUCUGCCAUUACAUACAAUGAAACAAGAAAAG